CCGCGUCGAGUGAGGAUCGCCGGGGGGUUGAAACACUACUUCCUCCUCUCUAGAAUGUAACCAAAACAGAAAAAAGUAUUUUCAAAACUACGAAUAGCGUGAAAUUUUCCGUUAUCGAUAGUCCCUCCGUAUUUUUAAAAAAGUGAGAACAAGUGUCUAGACCUUGAGAUUAUGCGUCACUGAAUCUGAAAGAUUCAUAUCGAUGGGUGGAAAAAGGUGGCGGGAAGGAGUCAACUGCCUUUCAAUCGUCCUGAUUCUCCUGCUGGAGGACUCAGGAGUUUAUGGCGUCGGUGAAAUAGGAUGUCUAUUCGACAAGACACUGUGUCGAACACUGGAUGAGACAUGCUACGAUGAUGCAGCCUUCGGUAGGUGUAUCCAACCCUACUCCCUCCUGGACUCGUCGACCGCCUACCGCUACGAUCUGGACCCCUCGGAGCUCGAGCUCCUGCGCUCAGUCCUGGAGAAACUGGUUGCCGAGAACUACCAAUGGUCACACCCCUACACCCAGUGCGUCAUCACAUCCACCUUGAACAGCAUUCGCUACGAGACCCCCUCCGAUGAUUUCACCUGCGAUGACCUUGGGUACCUCCCCCCUCCCCCCAACCCCGACAUGCGUCAAAUCGGCUUAGACCCCGACGACAAUGGAAUAUCUCCACUGGCGGUCGUCAAAUUCAUGCCAACACGGGGUCACGGUUACGGCGACUUUGCCAAUGAGCUCUAUUACCCCCCUCCCCUACCUCUGGCCGCCGAAACAACUCAAGUCAAUGUUGAUAAUGACAUCACCGACCAGCGGACCAAAAUUCACCGUAUGGAUCGUCACCCAACCCUUAGAUUAGGGGAAGAAGGGCGGACCAAUUUUCCUGAUGAUUCGGACGAAUCGGAGGAAGCUUACAGAUACGACGAAGAGUUGUAUGAGCUUUCGCAGCGGCUGCAGGAGCAGGUGAGGGCCCUGAGGGCUGCAGAAGAGACGAAGAUGCUGAGAUCAAGACGACACAGCCAGAGGGAAGCACUGACUUUCAUCGAUGAGCCGUAUGACGACGAGUAUCCUGAGUCUUUUGGCCGCAGCGACAAUAUCUUUCGUCCGAAGGUCGUCAAUACUACGUUUUUCGAUGCCGACGGGACUGACCUUGAGGAUUUCAUGAAGUACUUUGAGGCUAAUGCAGGGCUGAGGGGCGGAGGGCGAGAGGAGAAGACUGAUGAGGACGACGAGGAUGACUCAACUGAGCUUGAUUUGGGCGAUUACAGCGAAAUUCCUUACUGGCAGAUUGCUGUGGACUUGCCCGGGUUCAAGAGACCCGAGAGACUUGAUGUGAAGAAGCCGGGGCCGUUCUAUUCGACGAAUAAUUAUGCCUUCAAGAUGCAGACGAUUGCACCGGACGACGAGGAGGAAGAGGUCGAGGGGGUCAGGAGGAAUUUCGUCAAGAAGGAGUUCGUUGCUGGGGGGGAUAUCACCAAGAUUAAGGAUGUUGAUGUAGAUCGUGUGGAUGUGGACCAUGUGUUCAUCAAGUUUGAUAAGGAGAUUCGGCAUUGGAUUGAUGGAGAGAUCAUUACUAAAUCGGUUGCAAAGCUUCUUGGACUGGAAAUGAAUGACCUGACAGAAACACGCGUGGGCAGGGCUGAAGUCAUCUUCACGGUUAUGGCAAAUAAACUGAAAAUGAACGCUACUCAAAUCGUUGGGUCAUUAUCGAAUAUUCGUGAGGAUCUGGAGAAGAUAGCUAAUAUGAGAAUGACGGAAGCGGGGAUUGGGGAUAAGACUCAAAUAACACUGGUGAAAUUCCCUCAAGUGCACACCGUGGAGUCAAAUUCCCAGAAUGUCAUCGAGAUAAUAGCGUGUGUGGUAAUGGGAGCAGUCGCGGCAGCGUCAAUAGUCCUUAUCAUAAUAGUGCGCCGUCAAUCCAAGACCAGGCGAAAACUGGCGGGUUUGGCGACACCCGAUCCGGAGGCCUCCAAGGACUAUCAGGAGUUGUGCAGGGCACGGAUGCAGGCGAAAGUGCCAACGGCGCCGUCGGAAAAACCAGAGUCACCCAGGAUUAUUAGCCUGUCCAAGGAGAGCGAGUCAAAUCGAUCGAGCACGAGUUCCUGGGGCGGAGAUGAUCCUGCAGCACUCACCAAUAUGGAUAUUGCUACUGGACAUAUGGUUUUGAUGUACAUGGAGGACCACUUGAAGAACAAAGACCGGCUGGACCAAGAGUGGGCAGCAAUCUGCGCCUACGAGACGGACCCAUCAUCCAUCGCGAUCGCCACUGACAAUGAGAAUAUCGAUAAGAACCGUCCUGGUUCGGCGUUCCCCUACGAUCACUCCAGGAUUGUUCUCAACGACCUCUCGAAUCUCAACAGUUCCGAUUACAUCAACGCGUCCACAAUCACCCCGACCGACCACGAUCCGCGGAAUCCAGCGUAUAUAGCCACCCAGGGACCCCUUCCUCAGACCUCGGCAGACUUCUGGCAAUUGGUUUGGGAGCAAGGAAGUGUUGUUAUCGUAAUGUUAACCCGAUUAACCGAGGAAGGGCAGGCCAUGUGCCACCGAUACUGGCCGGAGGAGGGAUCUGAGCUGUACCACAUCUACGAGGUUCACCUCGUAUCUGAACAUAUCUGGUGCGAUGAUUACUUGGUGCGUUCUUUCUAUCUGAAGAAUCUGAGAACUGGCGAAACUAGAACUGUCACGCAAUUUCAUUUCCUCUCGUGGCCGGAGAAUGGGGUGCCUCAGUCGACUAAGGCAUUGUUGGAAUUCAGGAGGAAGGUCAAUAAGUCGUACAGGGGACGAAGCUGUCCUAUUGUUGUUCACUGCAGCGAUGGGGCAGGGAGGACAGGCACCUACUGUUUAAUUGACAUGGUCCUCAAUCGAAUGGCAAAGGGAGCUAAAGAAAUCGAUAUAGCAGCCGCUCUGGAGCAUAUCAGAGAUCAACGCCCAGGAAUGGUAUCCACUAAACAACAAUUUGAAUUUGUCCUAGUUGCAGUUGCCGAAGAGGUGCACGCCAUCCUCAAGGCUCUCCCUGUACCACCAACUGACAAGACCCAGAACACACCACCUUCCUCCUCAUCGGGAUCAGAUAAAUAAGAAUGAUUAUCCUCUAUCAAAUUAUGAAUUAUUUCACAAUUUGAGCCAAUAAAAAUGGAAAUGAUGUCUACAAGGGCAGGUGUAUUAUCUUGAACAUCUCAGCAACUAGUGAAAUCUAAAAUUUUCGUCAAUUUUCUGUUCAACAAAACGUCAAUUCUGGCCGAUUUAUCAAAAUACUUUUUCAUUUCAGUGCUUCAGAGACUGGAGAUGAGUUUAAAAACUUGAUGGGAUUAUUCUGCAAAUAUCUUCAGAAGGAAUUUUAAUCCCUCACAAAAAUUCCUGAUGACAUUUUCUCUUAGAAUCGAAUUAUCUCGGUAACAGGUCAUUUUAGGAGAAAGUGUCAGAAGAACUUUUUUGUUGGAAAUUUUACGAGCUACAAAGGAGAUUUUACGAAAUUUUUUGAUAAACCGAGUAGUUUCGGAGAUAUUCGCAAAAUAUGCUGUAUGAAAUUUCUGAGUCUUUCUCCUUUUACAUUUUGGUUGAGAAAUUCGGACCCAACGGCCUACAAUGAACAAAAAAUCACAACUGAGUUGAUUCUACUGAUUUAAUCCGCUCUAACGAAUUUAUCAUGCGAUAAAAAAAUUGUCCAUUAGUUUUAUUUCAGCACGAAAAUGAAAUUUUGUAAUUUUUCCGUUGCGAUUAAAAACGACUUCUCCUUAAUUUCCCUAGAUGUCAUGGAAUUAUCGCGCAGAAUCGCUGAUAAGGGAGGGAAUUAAUGUUCGAUGAUUUGAUAAGAGAGAGAGAAAAAAAACUUGAAAAUAAUAAUUGUUUUGUUGCACAAAAAUUAGUUACAGGACUGUUAAUGGAACUGAAGCCUUUGAAUCAAAUUAUUUCUUCCCCUGAGUAUUCGAGGGUUUCAUCAAUCGAAUGAUUGAUUGAACUCAGUUGUAGAAUUGUUAAUUAAUUGAUUAACAAAUAUUUUUCUUUCACAAAAAACUAAAAUGUCUUUAUUCUAAAAACAAAAUUAAAAUCCUACGUUUGUAUUGGGAAAAAAAGUUUUAUUGAAGAGAGAAUAUCCUCGACUCACUGGGAAUUACGUCAGGGCCCGUGCGAGGACUCAAUAACAAAAUAAUUGACAAUUAUUAAAUUGUGAAUGUGAUCCCAUGGUACCAGCCUCCCAUGGAAUACCAUUUGAAUUAAUAAAACUGAAUAAUUUCGCUAUUUGUAAUUUCCAGUAUUACCAUUGGGUCCUCGCACGCGUCUCGACAUUCCUCGUCACUUAAACUUUAUUUAUUUAUUAAGAGCCUGAAUAAUUAAUUAGCAAUUUUUUACGGUUUUUCGAGAACUUUCAUUGAAAAAAAAUUGUUUCGAUAAAAAAAGAAUUCAGCACUCUUGAUAUUUUGCUCUGGAACCAUUCGUGAUCAAGACGAAUGCGUCAUUAUUAGAAAUGGUGAUUUAUAAUUUUUUUAAUUGGCAAAAAUUUAGUGUUUCACCUCUGGAUUUUUUUCGCCUUUUUUACAACAAAUUAAUUUCGUUUUCCAACGAAAAUUCUUGUAUUGUUUAAUACGAUUAAUCAAUCAAGUAAUUAGCAACAAUGAAUGGUGCAAUAAUCAGUGUACGAAUCUAUAUAUUACAAUAUCAAUCAUGCAAAAUACCUCAUAACUAAAGCUUGAUCAUCAAUUUGCCAAAAACAUUUUCAACAAAAACUCGAAGUAAACUUAGUUUAUUUGUUGAUUUAGAAUUAAAUAAAGAAAUAAACAAACUGGGUGAAUUUUUUUUGGCAACUUCUACUCUUAUAGAUUCUAUAUUUUUGUGUAAAAGACGAGGAACGACGUACCUAUGCAUAAAUGAAGUAAAAAGCAACAAAUUAUAUUAAUAUAUUAUAUGAAGAAACAAAAAUUAUAUAUACAUAUAAGUCUAUACCAUGUUAAUGGCGAAUAUAUACUAAUAUAUGUUGUGAAUGAAUAUUAAAAUGCAGUCUAUGUUUAACAAUA